AUGCAGCGCGCAAAGGACCGCUCCCGGCAGCUCCGCGGCUGGCGCAGCCCCCAGCCGCAGCGGCCCCGGUCCCGCUCGAGGCAGAAGCAGCCCGCGCCCGCCCGGCGCUCGCCCAGCCGCCGCCGGAGCCCGCCGGCCGCCAAGCGGGGCUCACCCAGGCGGCGCUCGCGCUCGCGCGCAGAGCGGGCCGCCCGGGCGCGCUCGCGCUCGAGGCGGAGAUCGCCGCAGAAGCGCGCCUCGCCGAAGCGCGCCAAGCAGCGGUCGCCAUCAAGGCGCCGCAGCGCCGACAGGAAGAAG